GGGCGGUGCCGUGCGUGGUGGCGUCAGUGCGGGCGGGCGGCGCUGCUCAUGGCCGAGGGCGGCGGGCCAUGGCCUCGUCCGUGGUGCGCGCCACGGUGCGCGCCGUCAGCAAGCGCAGGAUCCAGGCGACCCGCGCUGCUCUCACCCUGACCCCAUCUGCUGUUCAGAAGAUAAAAGAGCUUCUGAAAGAUAAACCUGAGCAUGUGGGUGUGAAAGUGGGUGUUCGUACAAGGGGAUGCAAUGGACUUUCUUACACAUUAGAGUAUACAAAAUCAAAAGGAGACUCUGAUGAAGAAGUAGUUCAAGAUGGAGUUAGAGUGUUUAUUGAGAAGAAGGCACAGCUGACCCUUCUAGGAACUGAAAUGGACUAUGUAGAAGAUAAGCUGUCCAGUGAAUUUGUUUUCAAUAAUCCAAACAUCAAAGGAACAUGUGGCUGUGGAGAAAGCUUUAACAUCUGAAAUCUCAGGACUACUUCUUUGACUUUGAACAGCCCAAAACACAUACUAUUAUGACAUUCAGAAGCAGAUGUGUUUCCUUCAGGUUCGUAGCCUGUGUAAAGUGGGGAUACUAUUAAGAAAAAUAAAUAAUUUUGAAAAUGUAAGUUGUGUGGUAAAUUCCACCACUGAUGUAGUUAUCCUGUAAUUUGUGAUGAGUUGGGAUCUAAAAGGUAAGAACAGUAAGUGCUGCAAGUAACAUCUCUGUACUUCCACUUGCCAAGGAAAUAAAAUCUUCCUUUGUCAUUUUCUUUAUCCAUCUUACUCAUACUUGCCCAUCCAAAACCCAUUUGAAAGAAUACACUGUGUUCUGCUUUGAUUCGAAGAAAACAAACAAACAAAUUAACAAAAAAACCCAACCAUUUGUGUGUGUGUUUAUAGAAAUUUAUAUAUACAGGCACACAGUCCUUGCUUGCUUUCUAGUUUUCUGAUGCUUUCAUCCUUUUACAAGUGCGUUUCUGAUGGUUUAUUUGCCCUUAAAUUCAGGGAAAUAGAAGUGUUGUUCAUGUAUUAAUAUAGUGGUUACACUGCUUGCAGAAAUGCUUCGAAGAGGGCUAGCCUAAAUUUAGUUUUUUUCAUUUCCUUGUUGAAAGCACAGUCUCUGCUGUACUUGGUCAUUUUCAAAACAAGAAAUAUUUAGGCACUGGAGGACUAAAUCACGAUACAUGUGGGCCUUGUUUUUCACACUUCUGUUGUCUGUUGUUCCUCAAUUAAAUUGCAAAGUUGGUAAAACAGCCUCCACAUUCUGAUUCCCCAUGUUCACAAGAUGUGUUCUCUGUGUGCACCAAAAGCUAUAAAUGCUUUUUUUGAGAGACAAAUUUUAGAUUUCUCACUACUUUUUUUUUUCUUUUGUAGUCAUGCCUGCUACUAAUUUUGUUACGGUCUGAACUCUUCUUUGUAACUCUCUAGGUAUAGGAUUUUUUCACCAAAGCUUAUGGUAACUUCUGUUUAACUCCUGUCUUGAGGUUAACUUGGUAACAGGAGAAAAUGUGUUUAUAAUUUUUAAAAAAUUAGUAGUUCAUAAUAGUUUUAAUCUAGACAGUAAUUAAAAUAGUACAAGAGGCCAUUUUUUUCUUUGGAAUUUAAAUGUACUGAAUCAGAAUUUGGUUUUUUUAAACAAGUGUUUUUCGAGCUUAUAUGGUCUUCAGCACUUUUUCACUGGUGCUGAGGUGGAAGUGUAAAUAUCUCUCCAGAUGUUCGCAAAACCUGUUAUGAGAGAGGAACUGUUCUGCCCAUUUAUGUCCUGAUUAUCCAAAGAUGACAUUGUGCAGCUAAGAUGCUCACUUGUGCAGCUGCCUGGGCAACUGAUUGGAACAGGUGGUGAAAUGGAUGCAAAUAAAAAGUAGGGGGCAACAGGGCUCUUGCAGUCAAGAACAAGAAGGUCUUGAGAUGGGAGUGAACUGAGAGUAUUAAGGCUGCAUGUUGACAAUCUGGAGGUCAUCUUGAUCUGGACAGUUGUGCCCAUAUGCCUGUCACCAACUGCUGUAGAUGUAGAAUUGCAGCUAUAGUUUGGUUCUUCCCUCUAUACUUUCCCCAGGCCAGAGGGAAGAAUAAAAAUUGAAAAAUGAAAUGAUGCUUCAUCUGCUUUAUGUAGUGCACAGGAACAGAAAGUCAGAAUUACCCAUAGUCUAACACUAAGUACUUGAAUUUUGGUUGUAUGUCACUUUUUGAAAUAAAAACACUGUUUCCUUCAAUAGUCAAGUAUUCUACACAGUUACUUUAUGUAGUAAUUCAGACAUCACUGGUAAUAUACUGGCUAAGUGCUUCUGUAGUGCUGUAAGUCUUUCAAUCUUGCCAAACAAAAACAUAACAUAGCUGCAUUACACCUAAAACUCCAAUCAAAGGACAUUUCUUCAAAUAAGAUUUCAAAUGUGGUAACACUGGUGGUUGCUAAGAGUGCUGGUACUUACUCAUUUAACUUGUUUUGGUGUGGGAGGGAUCGAUUUGAGGUUUAUUUUAAACCUGUGGCAUGUAUAGCAAUCCUUUUCAUGUGUUUGUGUGUAUGCGCUGAGUGAAAGUUUGCACUGUUGUAUUCCCAUGAAAUAAAUCUAUGUUGUCACCUUACUAAGACAACUAAUGCACAACAUGUUAAACUUCUGCUAAAGUGCUAUUUACAGUUGCAUAUGAACAUGAUUUUGUUGAUUGAUCUAUUAUAAUUUUAUGCAACUAUAUGUGUAGAGUCCACAGUUAUAAUAAUAAAUAUUGCCUGUUGAUAACCAUGAAA